GUACGCAAGGAUUAGUUUCCUCCGUGUAUAAAGGGACUAAUCUCAUCUCUGCGUACGUGCACGAUUUGAUGUGCCAUCACUGACAAUCGAUGUCAGUUCUCGACCUUUUCCUUUUGUUUAGUUUUUCUUUUUUUUUGGAUCAACAGAGUUUGUUGAUCACCGUAAGAGACGGUCGUGUUUUGCUACAACGUAAAUUUAACAAAUCAAUAAAUUGUGAAAUCUUGAAUUGCCAAAAUAAAAAGUUGUGGUUUUUUUGUAUUAAAAAAAAAAGGAAAUUUUGGAACAACUCUAGUUUAAUUUUUUACUGCCCCUACGAGGCCUGUGAGUUUGAUUUUUUGGUCCCGAUUGGACGACACUAAACCCCAGUAUAACCUGUGACAUACCUAAAGUGUGGAUCGGGUAUCCUGUUGCCGCAGAAAGUUAGUUGAGUGACAAUAACAUAUGGUCCUUCCGAACCUACAACAACCAGAAAAAAAAAAAAAAAUUGAAAUACAGGCAGAUAUCAGCCAUACUGAGAAAAUGUUCCCUUACAUGGAGGAAUAUCGCUGCCUUCUUUGCGCAACCCGACACUCACUCAGACUGUGCCGGCGCUUCUUGGUUCUCCAUCCACGGGAAAAAAUGAGGUAUGUGCGUCAGAAUAAGGCUUGUGUUAACUGCCUGGGGCUAUCACACAGCUUGGAGGAUUGUCGUAGCCCUGAAGUGUGUCGUGUCUGUUGGCGUAGGCAUCAUACCCUUUUACACGAGCUUGAUGACUCUAAAUAUCAGUGGCUUCAAAUGACAGCCCAAGCUCUGGUACAUCGUCCUGGGGUUGAUGACGAGAAACACAUCGUCCGAAUAUUACUAAGUCCGAAUUGCAGUGAGAGCUACAUUGCACCACCAUAUCAAAGGUUACCUUUUCCAACAGACUACGACAUUCCUGACUACGAGUUGCAAUUUACCGAUAGACACAGCGAGGUUCGAACACUCACCAUAAAGCUUAAAACAAGCCAUGAUGGACGCCUAGAAACGCCAAAAGCCCAUUGCCUUCCAGGAGAAGUGUGGAAAAAAUACGAUGUCGAAGAUGUAGCUGACACUUCUUUCUACCUUCCAUGGGGUUGCUCCAUAGUAUUGGGGAAAGAUGUCUCGAAACAUAUCUACCUGGGCUUACCUCAAGAGCAGAAAGGUCUCCCUUACAUACAGAAUACCAUUUUUGGUUAUGCCUUUUUUGGUGCGUUGGAGACCGAUGUGGAUAACACAGAGUUGGUGAGAACGUUUAUGGAGCAAAAUACUAUUUAACUAAAUCAUCGUGAGCUGGUAUAAUUGGAAUUUGUUGUAAUCAUAAGUAUAUUGAUUAUUUUUUUUCUGUCCCCUACUGGGCUUUUGAACUUAAGCUUUAAUCUAUAUUUAGUCUGCCCCGGUGGGCGUUUUGAAUUCUAUGAAUUUUAUUUAUAUUUAUAUUAUUAUUAUUCCUUUUGUUUUGUUUUGAACUAAUCGUUCAAAGGGGGCGGCAUGUUCACGUACGCAAGGAUUAGUUUCCUCCGUGUAUAAAGGGACUAAUCUCAUCUCUGCGUACGUGCACGAUUUGAUGUGCCAUCACUGACAAUCGAUGUCAGUUCUCGACCUUUUCCUUUUGUUUAGUUUUUCUUUUUUUUUGGAUCAACAGAGUUUGUUGAUCACCGUAAGAGACGGUCGUGUUUUGCUACAACGUAAAUUUAACAAAUCAAUAAAUUGUGAAAUCUUGAAUUGCCAAAAUAAAAAGUUGUGGUUUUUUUGUAUUAAAAAAAAAAAGGAAAUUUUGGAACAACUCUAGUUUAAUUUUUUACUGCCCCUACGAGGCCUGUGAGUUUGAUUUUUUGGUCCCGAUUGGACG